GUUCCUCCACAAGGGGGCAGUAACGAAACCCAUAGGAGAAGAACCGGUUUCGAAGAAGAAAGCAGACACAAGCCUGUUAACUUUCCAGAUACAUAAUUUUGUCGUUUUUAUUAUUAUUAUUUGCGAACGUUUUACAUUGUUAAAAUGAGUCGCUUUAACGGACCGGGGGGAUGUGAGGCUUAUGAAGUCGAUGAGCCAAGUGACGAAGAACGCGCCGCGAGCAGCUCAGAGGACGAGCUGGACGUGCUCCUGAACGGGACUCCAGACCAGAAGAAGAAGCUGAUCCGGGAGUAUCUGACCGGGGAGAGCGAGUCCUCCAGCGGGGAUGAGUUUGAGAAGGAGAUGGAGGCAGAGCUCAGCUCCACCCUCAGGACCAUGGAGGGAAGCUGGGCCCCAGCAGACGCAGCAACAGGAGGAGGCAGCGAGGCCGUCGGGUCUGCCAACCCUCAGAUGUAUGACAGCAUUUACUUCGACUCCGAUUCAGAGGAGGAGGACAACGCUGGCAGCUCCUCGGCUCAGAGGCGGAAGCGGCGCCUCAUUCCCAGCAACGACGAGCUGCUGUACGACCCGGAGGAGGACGAGCGGGACCAGGCCUGGGUGGACGCCAGGAGGCGCGGCAGCAGGAACGCGGCGGCGCGGCGCUCCGGGUCGCAGCGCCCUCAGGCCUUGCCGAGCAGUGACGCCGUCCUCAACUGUCCCGCCUGCAUGACCACGCUGUGCCUGGACUGUCAGCGACACGAGACGUACCGCACGCAGUACCGAGCCAUGUUCGUGAUGAACUGUGUGGUGAAGACGGACGAGGUGCUGCACUACAAACACCCUCCAGAGAAGAGGAAGAGGAGGAGAGGACGGAGAGCGGAGGACGGCCAGGCCGCCGCCGAGACGUACCGGCCGGUGCAGUGCUCCCAGUGCUCCACAGAGGUCGCCGUCUUCGACAAGGACGAGGUCUACCACUUCUUUAACAUCCUGGCCAGCCACUGCUGAGCUGCCCGCUGGCUCCGCCCACCGCAUCUGGCUGAGACUCUACAGCUGGUGUAGUUUUCCUUUUUUGAGGAAUAUCUAUCGUUUUCCUGAUCUGCUAUCAUCCCCAAAUGCUGCCAUCAGACGUCUUUGUGUCAGCUGACAGUAGGAAGCCGCAGGGGGUUAACUUCCUGUCUAUCCUUCUUUGGAGCAGAUUGGGUUUGGGGAAAUCCAACCGCUGUUAUCAUCAAAAAAUGUUUUUCUGAUUGACAGACGGAAACAGCAGAUGAUUUUGUUGUUCUUCCAAAAAGAAAAAGCUGUAAUUCUGCCUCAUCUGUGGACUGGAACUCUGUCAUUCUGAUGGUUGAUGUUGAGGACACAGUUGAACGCUCAGAGAUUCAGAUCUCCGUCCUCUUGGAUGUGUUUGGCUCCACAGCUGCAGGUUCAGCUCCUGUCGUCCAAUGAUCGAGUUCUGCUCACAGAGAUCUGAGAAUGAGAGGAAGAGGAGCGCUGCUGUUCUCUGUCUGGGUCUUCAUGCUGAUGAAGCUCCUGGUUUAUUUUAAUUCUCUCAAACUUAAGCUCUACAUCCACCAAAAAGAUGGUCGACUACAAAAAACACUGAACAUGAAAGAAAGAGGAAAGUUUUUCAGUUUGCAGAAGUAACAGAUGUGAGAUGUUUAGCUGCUGCUGUGAAGAGGAUCAGAAAUUUAAACUUUUAUUAUAAAGAAUCCUUUUCUAUAUCUUGAAAUGUUCUAGAUUCAGAAAAGUUCAUCACAAAAAACUCAGAAAUUCCAAGCAAACCUGAAAACAUGUUCACUGUUCAGGUGUUUUUUCCCUUUAAGGUUUUAGUUGUUGGUUUUAUUUUGAAAUCCACUUCCUUCAACUUUGUUUCUGAGCAUUAUUUUUUUAAUGGAUUCAUUAUCAUGAAACUCUUCCUAACAAAAUAAAAACAUGAAUGUGUUUCCAUCA